AUGACUGAAUACUUCACCGAAGACACCGACCGCUCUGUGCUGGGCGAUAAUGACAUUAUGAGCCAACUAUUUCCACAACCAUCCAGCGCUUCGUCACAUUCCGACACCAUGUACGGAACCACCCUUGCACACCACAGUCCACACUUACCUAAUAUAUCUGCUGGUGGCUCUCCGGAUUUCUACGGCAGCCCGCAUCUAACACCUCUAUACGGCCAACCGACAUACUGGAAUUCACUGCAACAGAAUCCCAACCAGGCCGAUUUCUCGUAUCCCCGAUACUCUCUUCCGUCAGUAACGAUGGCACCACUCCAGUCAAUCCCCAAAUCACCGCAAUAUCUCAACUCAUACCCCUCGAUAUCCCGCUCAUCAUCAACAUCCUCAAAUGGCACAUACCAUCUUGCCACCUCUGGGGACUACACACGCGUAUACCGAAGGUCCGUCUCGCCAAGCACGCCCGACUUGCGUGCAUACGGCUACCAGAAUGAGGACGGAUCAUGGACAUGCGCCUACCCAGGCUGUGCAUCCAAAGCGGUGUUCACACGAGGAUGUGACCUACGGAAACAUCACAAACGACACACGAAAAGUUACUUCUGCUCUCAUGAGAGUUGUCCGCAGAGUACGGGAGGCGGGUUCUCGAGUAAGAAAGAUCUAGCCAGGCAUAUGGCAAGUCAUCAGCCUAGUAUUGUUUGUGAGUGGGAUGGGUGCGAGAGGGUUUUUAGUAGAGUGGAUAACAUGAGGGAUCACGUUAAGAGGAUACACAUGAAGAGUAUUCGUGGAGAGGUACGAAACCGAGUCAACUCUGCCUAA